AUGCUUAUUUUCUUAGACCCUCCGUCAAACAUUGUUGCCUACAACACAAGUUCGUCAUCCAUUAAUGUUACAUGGGACUCGACUUUUUCUGGUAAGCCACCGGACGAUAACUUUACCGGCUACAGAGUGAGUUACAGAGAACACAGUUUGGACCAGGAGGUUAAUUACGUUCUGUGUUCAUCAGCGGAUUUUUACACAACAGAAUUGACCAGUUUGUAUGUGUUUACGAACUAUUGCAUCGGGAUUGCUUCAUUUACUGAAAGAAAAGUUAGUAGCACAAGCCAAUGUCUCUUCAUAACAACAGAGGAAGCAGGUAAGACGAACAUUAAUCCCUGUUGGAUGUUUACUGAGAGAAUACUGCGAACUGGACGUAUUUGUCAAAGCUAUAAAGUAUGCAGCGAUCGGUUACAUAUACAUUUCACAAUUUGGCCCAACCGAAACCUAAAUGUAAUAAGCAAAUUCAAAACUAAUGAUCGAUAUAGCGAAAGACUAUGAAAGCUGUCGAGUUCUACAGAACGUUUCGUUCUUAUAUAAACUAUAUUUUUAACAAGUCAGAGAGCUUUCUGAUCCCUGCUUAUGUUAAUUUCCUAAGCUUGCACACAGUUUAUUCAAUCCGAACGUCUCUAAGGACGCUAAGUAUUUUGCACUAGAAACGCUACUUCAUUGGUGGAUCUCAGUGUUUUCAAGAGAGAAUGAGCUAAGANGAAAGACUAUGAAAGCUGUCGAGUUCUACAGAACGUUUCGUUCUUAUAUAAACUAUAUUUUUAACAAGUCAGAGAGCUUUCUGAUCCCUGCUUAUGUUAAUUUCCUAAGCUUGCACACAGUUUAUUCAAUCCGAACGUCUCUAAGGACGCUAAGUAUUUUGCACUAGAAACGCUACUUCAUUGGUGGAUCUCAGUGUUUUCAAGAGAGAAUGAGCUAAGAGAGCGAAUCUCUGAGCCCAAUUAUAAUUAUAUAUCUAUGACUGUUGUUUCCGUAACCACGCCGCCUACUUUGCCACAGUUCAUUCUUUGUUGGCGUUUUUCUAUAGUUAAUUGGCCCUUUUGUUAAACGAAUACUGCCCAGUCCACUCAACAAACAAAUGAUUAGCGAAUUGUUCGAAUGAAAGAAACCUUUAAAAAGUUAAUCUCUAAAUAAAAGGAUUUUUCUUUUAAAGGGAACAGCUGACUUAUGUACUUAAUGCCCUCUGACCUUGUCUGAUCCAUCGAGAUCUAGUUCUUCUUACAGAGUUGUUAUUCUGUCUGUAAGUGAAAACAGUUUAUCCCGUUUUACGGUACUGCGUUAUGUUUUAUUUACUUAGUUCCGACUGCACCUCCCCAGAAUUUUUCCAUCUUUUUUACAAGCUCCACCACCAUAGGCGUCGCUUGGGAUCGAUUGCCAUCGGAACACAGACGAGGAGUUAUCCUUGGAUAUAAAAUAUUUUACGAAAGAAAUGCCCGUCCUCAUCGCGUAUCUCGUAGCAUUGAAAGUGGAGAGCAAAUUGCAGAGGCGAACUCAGUUAGAUUGGAUAUCGUAGGUUUAGAGAAAUUUACCAACUAUUGCGUUUGGGGUGUGGCGUUCAACAGAAUGGGAAUCGGUAACGAAACGCAAGUUCUUUGCAUAAGCACAGAUGAAGACGGUAGGAAACAAACUUUCCUUGUUAGUAAUAGAAAAUAUCUGAAGCGAUCAAAAUUGUUUUCCCAUUAUUUUAGAAAUCAUUAGAACCUAUUACUCUUGCUUUGUUGUGUCACAUUUUAUCUCAAUAGAUAACCUCGACUGGCUUCAUACAGAACAAGAGUAAUAUCCUGUCUUAAUAGAAAUAACUAUUUCCUAAGUUUCUCGUAACAUUCUUUGUAGUUCCUCUUGACUCUCCCUUAAACAUAUCGGCUAACAGUACAAGCUCCAGCACUAUCUACGUUCAGUGGGACACUAUUCCCGCGGAAUUUAUCCCUGGAAUACUUCUAGGCUUCAGAGUAUAUUACGGAAAAGCUGUUGAGCCCUUGUCGCAAUACAACAACGUGACGGUAGGAACUGAUCAGUUGAGUGUUGAUCUACUGAACCUUGAUGCGUCUACGAAGUACUGUAUACAACUGGCUGGUUUUACAAGAAUUGGAGAUGGUAACAGAACUACUUGCUUCUAUGUGACAACCGCGGAAAAAAGCGGUAAGUUGUGGUAUAAUUAUGUUAAUUUAUUACGCAUGACAUGAUACGAAUGUUUCAGUGGAGGGCAGCAUUUGGAGUGACAAUGAGGGGAACAAUGAUUAUGAAGACGACCACGACGAUGCCGUGAUGACGUCAUUGAAGCCGUAAAUGAUAAUUAUAAGUUGGUCGAACUGAAGGAAAAUGAAUGAUGAAGGAGAUGCAUAUAAUAGAAAGACAGUUUACUUUACGGUGUCCCUUUUUACACCGGUGUUUUGAAUAUGAGGGUCUCAGGGCUUAGUCACGCGUUCAUCAGGUCCCCCAGUCCCCCAAGAAUGUAGGGAUGUAACGAUUCAUAUUCCUUGCGGUUCGAUUCGAUUUCGAUUAUUUCGAUUCGAUUAUGUAAAUGUUUCUUAAUUCUUAUAACAUAACGCGUAAUGUAAACAACAUGCAGAGACAGGAGGAUUCACAGUCGCUUGGUUCGUCGCCAUGUUUGAGAACCUGACAAAGAGCGUGUCGCACGUAGUUUGCCUUAUUUGGAAAUUCUCAAGGGGUGGUUGAAGGACAGCAUUUUUACCAGGCAACACAAAAUGGCGCACGAAAUGCUAUCGUCUUUGCUCGUCAAUCAUAAACGCACAAUUUAAGCGUUCUGGAUUCCGAUUUUACAAUAUAAUAACUCACUAAGGGCACCCUGGAAAAGAUGUACAAAAAUCGAACCAAAAUCGAAACUUGGAAGCAAAGAAUCGUGAAUCGAACCGAACGGUCAUAAGGGAGGUGAGGGGUAAGCCGUUAGCUUGUGAUUUACAUUUGCAACUAUGAUGGGUAAGCCAGAGAUUAUUUUGAGGAUCUAAGAGAGGCCACUGGAGAUAGUCGUUUUUGGAUUUAGGACAGCGAGGAAGAGGAGUUACCAACUAGUAUUAAUCACUUUAGCCUGAAUAUUGGAAAAUACUAAGGGAUUAGUUGAGAGGCGAUUUUAACGCCUGAUACUCAGGCCAUCAUAAAUUUAUGAUUUAUUUCUACUCACUUUCAUUAAUAAAAUACUUACUUUCCUUUUCUUAGUUCGCAUCAGCAUUCCACAACUACUUAUAGAAAUGUACUACAGUCCAACUGCUGUUAAAGUGACGUGGGAAAUUCUUGAUAACAAUAGGACCAUCAGCGGAUAUAAACUUCAUAUUGUAGAAACUGGAAGUUCGCGUGAACCGCCUUUGGCCCCAUUCGAGAAAAUAAUAAAGAUACAAAAUGCCUCUCAGACGUCUUUAGUAAUUUCCAACCUUUCCAUAUUCUCAAGAUAUCAGAUUCGCAUGGCAGCCUACAGUUACAAAGAAGUGGGAGAUUUCAGUUUUCCUGUUAUUGCUGGU